GUAUAUCUAAACGGUAUCAGAAUGGCUAUACUCAAAUCUGUUUUCGUUUUAUUGUUAGUCAUCUUUACAAGUUGGGAAGUUGUUUCUAGUGAAUUCGAAAAUGAAAAUAUCUCAGAAUUUGUCACUAAAGAUGAGAUGAAUAAGGUGUUGGAAUUAGUGAAACUACAGGACCAAAAACUAUCUGAACUGAAGACAGAAAUGAAGAGGAAACAUUUGAAGUUAGAUCGAUUCGUCAAAAGAGUUGCUGACCUAGAAGUGCGUGUUCUGAAACAGUCAAGGGAACUAGAAAAAAUAGGAGCACAUGACGAAAUUGAAAAUGAGCGAUUAAGAGGAAUUGAAACUAAACUGCAACGCACUUCGGAUUCUAAGAAAGACAUCUUUGCUAAUUUUACUUUCAAUGCAGCCAAUAAUAGAGCAGGGAAUCGAGAAGAUGAUCCGGAACAUACAAUCAUAGAAGGUGGAACGGCUGGCAACGAAAUAAAACAAAGGAUUGUAGCCACCAGUCAUAACCAAAGGAGAGCAAUACAAGCACAAGUGGCAUUUUCUGCCUACCUGUCUUAUUUUCAAGAGCAUUUGGGAAUCCAUCAAACAGUUAAGUUUGACAAGAUAAUAACGAAUGACGGAAACGCUUAUAACGCAGUGACUGGAAUCUUCACCGUGCCAGUUACUGGAACCUACGUCUUCAUUUUCUAUAUCAACUCGUCCAAUUCAAUUGUUGAGGUCCGUUUGAUUGCUGAUAAUUCCAUUAUAGCAUCCGGUACUUCAAGACCAUAUGAAUUUAAUCAAAGUAAAGAUGUUCAAGGUGGAGGCACGGUUGUUCUACAUUUGAAUCAAGGUGUUUCCGUUUGGAUCGAGAACGCGAGGGCAGAUUCUGCAAUUUACAGCAACGAUGUAGACAGAUGGGUCACAUUUUCUGGUUUCCUUUUGUAUUAACUUUAAGAAACAUUGACUUUCUAUUUUAA